UAUACGACCUAACCUUGUUGUAUUUAUCUAGAAGUUUAGCACAUACCUCAAUACCUGGUGGCAGGCAUUACUGUAUACUAAUAAGGUAUAUUAAGUUUUAUUGUUUUAAGUACGGUCCAAAGUUCGGAGUACGUAGUCUGUACUCUGUAGUCAGUUGUAACUACUCACUCUCUCUCUCUACAGUUCAACGUUUGACUUUGAAAGAUAAUAUUAAUCAUUGACUACAUAGAUUGUAUUCAUUUUUUACGUGCAGUUCGUUGAGGUUAUAAGACCUAAGAAGUGAUUAUUUCUAGAAAUAUUAAAAUUUCUCUCGAUCUAAUAAAAAAUCUUAUAACUAAGGUAUUAUUAUAUAAAAUUCUUCAAAAUGGCAAUUUUUUUGAGAUCGUCAGUGUGUAAAUCAAAAUUAGUUUUUUCACUAUCGAAAAUUGUAACACCCGUAACUUCAAUGAAGCUCUCCACAUGUAACUUGGAGUAUAUAAUUACUGAAAAAGUUGGUGAAAAACAAAAUGUUGGCCUGGUAAAACUUAACAGACCUAAAGCUUUAAAUGCUUUAUGUGAUGGUUUGGUCACAGAACUGACCGAAGCCGUAUCUGCUUAUGACGCCGAUGAUUCAAUUGGAGCUAUUGUUGUUACUGGUAGUGAACGUGCAUUUGCGGCUGGUGCUGAUAUCAAAGAAAUGCUUGACAAGACUUAUUCCACUAACCUAAAAAUUGGUCUACUCAAACAAUGGGACAACCUGAGUAAAUGCAAGAAACCAGUUAUUGCUGCUGUAAAUGGUUUCGCUCUAGGUGGUGGAUGUGAAUUAGCAAUGAUGUGCGACAUUAUCUAUGCUGGAGAAAAAGCUAAAUUUGGCCAACCUGAGAUUGUGAUUGGAACCAUUCCCGGAGCCGGUGGUACUCAGCGUAUGAUUCGCUCUUGCGGUAAAAGCUUUGCAAUGGAAGUAUGUUUAUCUGGAAACCAGAUUUCGGCUCACGAAGCUUUAUCUAGAGGAUUAGUUAGUAAGGUGUUCCCACCAGAAAAGUUAGUAGACGAGGCUAUUAAAUUGGCUGAAAAAAUAAGUGAACAUUCACCUUUAAUUGUUGCAUUAUGCAAAGAAUCUGUAAAUUAUGCAUAUGAAUCAAGUUUAAGCCAAGGUUUACAAUUUGAGAAGAAGUCAUUCUAUGGAACUUUUGCAACCGAUGACCGGAAGGAAGGAAUGACUGCAUUCAUUGAAAAAAGAAAACCAAACUUUUCUAAUAAUUAAUAUAAAAUGUAAUUUCAUUGUAUAGUGUUCUAUACUAUUAUUUUUUACAUUUAAAUUUUAAUAUACAUAAUGUUAAUUUUUUAUACAAAAUAUAUUUACUAUCUUUGUGCAGAUUUUA